CUCCAGGCUGCAGGAAUACAACAGAACACAGCUGCUGCUCCUAAGAAGUAUUCAUGUGUUUUAAGAAUUGUUGAGCACAACACCUCUGACCGGCUCUCACCUCUGACGCCAGCUCCGAGAAGAAGAUGCACCCAGAUAUGACUCUUCUUUGGAUUCUUGCUGUGCUCUUCCUGCCAGGAGCUUGGAGUCAGAGCAGCAGCGGGCUUGGUGUGGUGGUGGAGGCCAAGAACAUCACCCUACCUGCAGGCUCCAAGGCCACCCUGCCCUGCUACAGCCCCCGCAUGGUGUGGACCCAGGACAGACUAAAGGACCGUCAGAGGGUGGUGCACUGGGACUUGGUCCACAGCAACCCAGAAUAUUCUGUGGAGCGAGUCUUGGACAUGUCACCUGGAGCCCGCCAAAGGGUUUACAAUGGAUUCAACAAGGGACGGAUCUCCAUCCCAGACUCUGCCUUCACUGAUGGGAAUUUCUCGCUUAUCAUCAACAAUGUGGUAGCAAGUGACAAGGGGGUUUAUACCUGCAAUCUGCACCAUCACUACUGCCAGAUUCACCAGUCCAUUCAAAUCACGCUCAAUGUCACUAAGUCAGCUCGGAAGGAGAAGCGCUACUGGGAUGGAGAGAAGACUGUGUUUGUGGUCUUAUUGGGCAGCUCGGUUGUGCUGCCUUGUGUAAACCGGCGCUCCCUGUGGCGAGAGGGCCUGCAGGAGGACCAGCAGCAGGUAGCCCACUGGGAUUUCCAGGCCCCUGGGGUGCGUCCUGACAAGGCCGACCGGCUGGUAGACCUUUAUGCCUCCGGAGAGCGUAGGGAUUACGGACCCCUCUUUGCCCUGAACAAGAUGAAGGUAGCUGAAGAUGCUUUCACAUUAGGAGACUUCUCGCUGACCAUCUCUGAUUUGAAGCCUGUUGAUAAAGGCCUCUACUCCUGCCACUUGCACCACCACUACUGUGGUCUGUAUGAGAGGCGCAUCUUCAGGCUUACUGUGGGACCUCCACUACCAUCCAACCCCACUAAACCACCCAAAAUUUUCCUGACUGAUGAGCCAGAAUCAAGAACUAUAGAGAUACAACAUGGGGAUGGUUCACGAGUGGUAAAUGUCUUCCUGCCUGAUCAUCAGAGUUACUAUGUGCAGCAUGUUGGCUACUUCCUGGCAACAUUUUUCCUGCUGGCGUUCAUCAUUGUCGCUGUCCUUGUGCCGACAUGGCGACGUAAAAAGAGAGGGCUGGAGAAUGAACUGGCUAGAUCUGUUCGAGGAAAUAUGAUCAGUGGAGGUGAAAUGACAUUAGACUACACAGAGAUGAAGACGUGCAACCAAGAGCCUUUGAAUUCAGAUUGCAAAAACAACCUACUGAAAGAAAGAGAUAUGACCAAAGACUGCAAUAAGGACUUUGAUGGGAAAAUGUGGAUGUGAGUGCAAUAUUUUUGAGAUGCUGGCUGGCAGGUCCAGAGCAAAGACCAGAGGAGAUAAGGACCAUGGAGGGUGAAAAAGAAGAUGAAGAAGAAGAAGAGGAGGAAGGACGAAAAACAGGAAAUCCAGGAGAAGACAGGAGGAAUGCUCCCUCUGCUGUAACACAAGCAUACUACGUUUUUCUUUUCUUUCCAUCAAAAAGGAACACUUUGUCAUCUAUUUCUUUUACUUUAAUUAUACACAUAUAUAUAUAUAUAUAUAUAUAUAUAUAUAUAUAUAUAUAUACACAGACACACCCUGCAUUUUCAACAGCAUUACAAUAUGGUUAGAUAUAUUGAUCAUUAGUCUUUGCAUUCAUUUCUGGGUUAAUGUUAAGGUGGUAUUUUUUUAAUGAUCCUUUUUUAAUCAAAUGCAUGAUAUUUUUUAGAUAUGUUCUACAUGUACUGUGCAUGCUUUCUGAGCAGCAAGCUCUAAUUAACUGUUGAAUUAACUGUUUGUUUGCACAAACUGCUGUACUGUAAUUUGUGAACGCAUCAUUAUGCUUCAGAUGUCAGUUUACUGUAUGUAUGUAAGCAUUUUAAAAGAGUGUAUGGAAACAAGUGCCACACAUUUCUAGCUAAGCUUAACACGUGGAAAACACAUGGUUUCAAAGUUAGGUUUUUCUUUUUUGUUUGUUUGUUUUUUGUUUUUUUGGUGGGAUUUUAGCUAAAAAACAAAACAAUGUCAUACUGAAAAAAAUUCAAAAUAACAAUCUAAAUAUACUAAAUUGGCCUCAGUGUCUGUGGAAACUCAGGAAAAAUUCCGAAUGACUUAAUGGGCAGUGCAGUAGCCUACGUCUUUGUGUCAAACAUGUACAGUACAAUGUUGGUUGUAAAACACUGAAUUUCCAUUCAUGAAUAUGCAUGUAAUAACUACAUAUCUGUUAUAUUUGCAUAAUCACUGCUAAUUAACACAAUGUAGUCCCUACCCCCCUCCCAAUAACCUGUCUUUCCCUCUUCUUUCCACAAUCCAAAGCUGGCCUCCUCUAAUAAAAGACUUUCUCAAUUUCA